UUAAUCUUGAAUUAUAUUAAGCGGGUAUCUGAAGAACACACGGCCGGUAAUUGAAAGCCUUAUCUUCUAGCGCAGGCGAAUUUUUGGUAUCGCGAAUUAAUUUAAACGCGCGAUAAUAAAGCCCGAUGUAAACAGUUCCGCGAAAACUAUGAUAGCGAACGGACAGCAAAAAAGGUGGCUGGCCAGUGUGCUCCUGCUGAUCCUGGGCCUGUGCCAGGUGUGCGCCGGAGUGGCGAUUGCUCGGCCCGAAGGACGAGUGGUGGGCGGAAGUGCGGCGGCUGUGAAUAGUGCUCCCUACGCGGUGUCCAUGCAGUACGGAGGAAUCCACUACUGUGCCGCCAGUAUCCUGAACUCCAACUGGUUGGCCACUGCGGCCCACUGCCUGACCAACAGCAACCAGGUGCUGGGAAGUACUCUUGUGGCUGGCAGCAUCGCGGUGGCCGGAACAGCCAGCACCACGCAGACGCGCAGCAUCACUUACUUCGUAAUUAACGAUCUUUAUACCGGAGGAACUGUUCCCUACGAUAUCGGAUUGAUCUACACGCCCACCGCCUUCGUUUGGAGCGCUGCCGUGGCUCCCGUAACGCUUCCCUCCGCCGGAGUGGUGCCCACUGGCACCGCCAAUCUCUACGGAUGGGGCAGCACCAGCACCACGAACACCGCCUCCUAUCCCUCGACCCUCCAGGUGGCCACCAAUGUGCCCAUCAUCUCGCUGAGCUCCUGUGAAUCAGCUUUGGGCACCAAGGGCAGCGAUGUCCACUCGACCAAUCUGUGCACUGGUCCCCUCACCGGAGGCGUCAGUAUUUGCACCUCGGAUUCGGGAGGUCCACUCGUCCAGGGCAAUGUCCUAAUUGGCAUCGUGUCCUGGGGCAAGCUACCCUGUGGUCAGGCGAACUCGCCCUCGGUUUAUGUGCAGGUCUCCUCGUUCAUUUCCUGGAUAUCCUCCAACCAACAGGUGCCGUAAACUUAACAAUUGGGAUUUUUUCCUUCAAUAAAAGCAAUCAAAGUUGUGCCUUCAGUGGCUGGUGACUUAA